CUCUUCUCUUUUAGCCGUGUGUAGGGGGUAUCAUACAGGGGCCUCAGGACUUGGUCUUGUCUGUUCUGGGUGGCGGGGAUCACAGGUCCUUUCCAAGUGAAUUGUAUGAAGUAGUUAGUUAAGUCGGAGUUACAGACACCCACUUAAGCACUGAAUCAUGAAGUGGAACCUUGUGUUCCUCGGGUUCCUUCUGACCUUCGGGCAACUGUCAUGGGGCCAGAAAGGUAUGGACUUUCCCGAAUACGAUGGAAAGGACCGCGUUCACGACCUUAACGCCAAGAAUUACAAGUCUGUGAUGAAGAAAUAUGACGUGAUGGUGGUGUACUACCAUGAGCACGUGGGAUCCAGCAAAGCCGCCCAGAAACAGUUUCAGAUUGAGGAGCUUGGCCUUGAGCUUGCUGCUCAGGUCCUGGAGGACCUAGACGAUGAGGACAUUGGAAUUGGCCUGCUCGAUGAAAAGAAAGACAGUGCUGUCGCCAAGAAACUUGGUCUGGAAGAAGCUGACAGUGUCUACAUUUUCGUUGAGGAUGAGGUCAUUGAGUAUGACGGAGAGCUUGCUGCAGACACACUGGUGGAGUUCAUCUAUGAUGUGAUUGAGGAUCCAGUGGAGAUUAUUGAUAACAUGCGUGAGAUGAGAGGUUUCCAUAAUAUUGAGGAAGACAUCAAGCUGGUGGGCUUCUUCAAGAGUGAGAAAUCUGAACACUAUCAUGCAUUUGAGGAUGCAGCUGAGGAGUUUCACCCACACAUCAAGUUCUUUGCCACCUUCAGUUCAAAGGUUGCUAAGAGUCUAGACUUGAAGUUGAAUGAGGUGGACUUUUACGAGCCCUUCAUGGACGAUCCCAUCGUCAUCCCUGGUAAACCUUACAGUGAGGAAGAACUUGUUGAAUUCAUCGAGGACAAUGACAGGCCCACACUGAGGAAAAUGAUGCCACACAACAUGUAUGAGAUUUGGGAGGAUGCUCUUGAUGGCGAGCACAUCAUUGUUUUUGCUGAGGAGGGUGACCCAGAUGGUUAUGAAUUUCUUGAUAUUGUGAAGGAAGUGGCAGAAGAUAAUACAGACAAUCCCGACCUGAGCAUCGUCUGGAUCGACCCUGAUGACUUCCCCCUGCUUGUCCCCUACUGGGAGAAGACCUUCGACAUCGACCUGUCCUCCCCUCAGAUCGGAGUCGUGGAGGUUGAUGAUGCUGAGAGUAUCUGGCUGGAGAUGGAUGAUGACGACGACAUGCCCACAGCAAAAGAGCUUGAGGAUUGGCUGGAGGAUGUGCUAGAGGACAAAAUUGACCCUGAUGAUGAUGACGACGACGAUGAUGAUGAUGAUGAUGACGACGACGAUGAUGAUGACGACGACGAUGAUGACGACGACGACGAUGAUGACGACGACGAUGAUGAUGAUGAUGACGACGACGAUGAUGAUGAUGACGACGAUGAUGAUGACGACGACGAUGAUGAUGACGACGACGAUGAUGACGACGAUGAUGACGAUGAUGACGACGAUGAUGACGACGAUGAUGAUGACGACGACGAUGAUGAUGACGACGAUGAUGAUGACGAUGAUGACGACGACGACGAUGAUUAUUAAACUCUAUUCAUCGCACAAGUUACUAUGUAUCGUCCAAAUCUAGUCUAAGUUUUUGUAUUUGCACUGUUCAUCAACGUCACCAAAAUUCCUUUGUUAUUUGUCACAAAGUUAAAAACAUUAUUAUUGUCACGUC